AUAAAAAUAAAAACCAAUUAGGACGCACCUGAUUUUCCACAGCCCAAUAUCAAUUUCUAGAACAAGAACUCAUCCGCAUCCCCAGAUAACUUAACAGCACAGCCGCUCAAAUGGUUGAGGAACAAAUAGUAUAAAUAGAGCCAACAUUUGCCAUUCCGUCCUGCAUAUUUACAGUUUUUCUCAUCCAGCAAGGACUAGAGUGGGACAAUCCAGCUUACUUGACUUGUCAACAUGAACACCUUUGGCAUCUUCUUGUGCGCAGCCCUUCUGGUCGGAGCGGCCAUUGCUCAGAACGGCAACGAGGCUCUGUGCGGAGACGGCUGCAAGCUGCUGUGCCAGACCACUGGCAGUCUGUGCGUAGACGUGUACCCGCUCAUCAACUGCGCUGCUAGCGAGGCCGCCUGCAUGGGCUCCUGUGGGCAGACCUGCUCCUGCAACGCCAAGUGCCUCACCGACUGCCAGGCCAAGAGCAAAGAGUGUGACGAGCAGAACAAGAACACUUUCAACGAGGUCCUCUGCAAGGGCAAGGUCACCGCCUGCCAGUCCAUCUGCCCCCUGUCCUGUGCCGGUCAAGCACUCGCCCAGAAUCUACAGCAAGCUCUCGGACAAGCCCUGUCCGGAGUCACUGCGGCCGCAGGACAGUAAAUAACUCUCUAGCCUAAAAAAUAGCGAAACGCGUACGGAAUCACCUGGUCAAAGCAGCAGAACAAUAAUAGAAUCCGUCUAAGAAAUGGCCAAACACGCGUACAGAAUUAUUACAUCGGUGGCUGCCAUCAUUUAACACAGUGCAGCCCCAAACAGUUCCAUAAAGGGUCACAGAGGUGUGAGUUGACCGUCAUUAUUUUAUUUUAGGCAGAAAGAUGAAAACAACAAUAAACAUUAGAAGUUAACUAAA